AUGGAGUCAGCCCUUGUAUGUUCAACAGUUCCAAGAACGACUACGAGCAGUCUCCUUAAAAGAAGAGAGACACCACUUGAUGCUCCUUUUCAUCUUUCAUUUUCGAGAAACUAUGUGAAGUGUUGGGGUACUAUUUCGUUAUCCUUCAGAAAGACUAAGAAAUACAAAGUCUUUAAUUGCAAUGUGAAAGUAGAGGAUGAGGCUUGUGAACUAGUUAAUGGAGUUGAGCUUUCCAUUGGGGAUGGAGUUGAUAGCAUUGAUGCUUAUCUCUGUAAUGCUGUAAAGAACAACAAUGGUACUGGCAUUUUGCUCUUAUCUGAUAUCUUUGGAUUUGAGGACUCAUUUACGAGAGAUUUUGCAUACCGUGUUGCAUGCAAUGGAUACAAUGUUCUGGUACCAGAUAUGUUCCGUGGAAAUCCAUGGAGAAAGGAUGAACCCAAAGCUUUGUUUGAGCAAUGGAUCGGUAGUGUAGACAAACAACAGGUUGUGAGAGACAUUUUCACAUCGACUAAAUGGAUGGCCGAUGAAUUUGUGGCUGCAGGAAUAUCAAAGAAGUUUGGAGUGAUUGGAUUUUGCUUUGGCGGUGGCCUGUUAAUAGACAUAUUGGCUCAAGACCAGGGUAGUGAGUUUGGUGUUGGGAUCUCAUUCUAUGGCACACGGAUCGACUUAUCUGUUGCUAGCAAGAUUGAGGUACCACUACUACUUAUUGCUGGUGACAAUGAUCCACUUUGUCCUGUGAAUGUGUUGAAGGAGGUUGAAAAUAACGCGAAUGGUUGCAAAAUGGUGGUAUUUGAAGGAAGGGGUCAUGGUUUUGCCCAUCGACCUCAAUCUUUAGAAGACGAUAAAGAUGCAGAAGAGGCAUUCUUGAUGAUGAGAAACUGGCUGCAUGAUGGACUACUUUCUGAAAAUUGAUACUCAUUCUGUGAAUAGUCAAUCUGUUGUGUGAAAUGCAAUUUGAAACUUCCUUUCUUU